GUCCUCCCCGGCUCUCCGCCUCGUCAGCCUCCGCGCCGCGUCCUCUCGGCCCUCCCAGAAGGCCAAGUCGGCGGGGAGGGGGCGAUCGGUGAGGUGCAUGGCGGCGGCGUCGGACGCGGCACAGCUGAAGGCCGCGCGCGAGGACAUCAGGGAGCUGCUCAACACAACCCACUGCCACCCCAUCCUGGUUCGUUUGGGUUGGCAUGAUUCUGGCACAUAUGACAAAAAUAUUAAGGACUGGCCAGAACGAGGUGGAGCUAAUGGAAGUUUAAGAUUUGAUGUUGAACUAAAGCAUGGAGCCAAUGCCGGUUUGGUAAAUGCUCUAAAGCUUGUGCAACCGAUCAAGGACAAAUACCCCAGUAUAACUUAUGCGGAUUUAUUCCAGUUGGCAAGUGCUACAGCAAUUGAGGAAGCUGGUGGCCCAAAGAUUCCAAUGAAAUAUGGACGGGUUGAUGUCACAGGACCUGAGCAGUGUCCACCUGAAGGGAAGCUUCCUGGUUAGAAAUUUUGUUCACUGCACAUUCCAGCUCGUUGUGUUCUGUAUAUCCUUCUCUCUCUCUCAUCUUUGAGUUUGUAAAUAUGUUUCAAAGAUGCGAAACAUCCCCCGACUGCUUUGUGGAAGCGUUUAGGAAGGUUUGCCACACUUGUGCUUUUCCAUUGCAUGUUAAUAUAUAGACAAAUAUUACAAUCCUAACCAUAAAUGGGAGAGAUCACAAUAAUAACGAUUCUCCUCAAUUUAGGGGAUUAGGAGAUAUGUCACGAUACGUGACAUAUUAGUCUAACACUCCCCCACAGUCACAACGGGAGGAGAGCGGACGUUGAGACUGGACCGAAAAUCCAGAAACAACGGCGACGGUAAUCCCUUCGUCAAGAUGUCGGCGAACAGGCGAGACGAGGGGACAUGUAGCACGCAGACUUGACCCAUGGCGACACGAUCGCGAACGAAGUGGAGGUUGGUCUCGAUGUGUUUGGUGCACUGAUGCUGAACAGGGUUCAUGGACAUGUAGACGGCGCUGGCGUUGUCGCAGAACACAACUAUAGCAGGAGGGGACGGCGCUGAACAGGGUUCAUGGACAUGUAGAUGGCGCUGAAGCUAGUGGAGAAGUUGCCGAAUCCAACUAGCCUCAGCGACGGCGUUGGCCAUGUUGGGGAACGUAGUAAUUUCAAAAAAUUUCCUACGCACACGCAGGAUCAUGGUGAUGCAUAGCAACGAGAGGGGAGAGUGUUGUCUACGUACCCUCGUAGACCG